UCAACAUCGCAUCAAAGGUGACACACGCAACGAAACGUCGACCUUUCCAUUAAAAAUAGUACAAAAGGAUAAAUAUCAACAUAUAUACGAACCAGGAUUAAUCGGAUUAACCGCAAUCGGCGCGAGAAAGUCAUCCAAGAUGGCAACGAACUAUAUCGCGACGAUAGCGUGGGUGGCUCUAGUCAUUUCUGGCGGUGCGGCGCUACCGGCAUCCGACAAAAAUGCUGUUGGUGAGAAUGAUCUAAUGGCUACGAUCUACACCGACUGCCUUAAAAAAGAAUCGGUCAGUUGCAUCAAGUACAAACUCUUCGCGUUUGUUGACAAAAUGCUCGCUGACAAAGAAGAUAUCACGCUUUCGGAGGGGAUCACGGUGGUGAAGACUUCAACUGCGGAGGAAGGUGCACCAAGAUCCAUCGAAUCGAGCGACGUUGACGCUCUCUUGUUCGAUCGACUCGGAAGAUUCCUCAGAACCCACUCCGUCAAGGUCGAUCUUAAGGGCAGUGACAUCAUGGGAGCCAUCGAAUCAGCUGGAAGGAGCCUCGAGGACUUCGGCGACGGUGCGGCCGAGGGCCGUGGUAAAAAGAAGAAGGCGCAAAAACUCCUGGGCCCGUUGAUGAUGAUGAUAGCCCUGAAGGCAGCAGUCCUUUUGCCCCUGGCGCUCGGUGCGAUCGCCGUUAUAGCCGGAAAAGCUCUUCUCGUCGGUAAAAUAGCGCUCGUCAUAUCGGCGAUAAUCGGGCUGAAGAAACUGCUGAGUGGUCAGAAGCACGUGACGUACGAGGUAGUCGCACAUCCGCAUCACAGUAGUAGCAGCAGUCACUCGGUGAGCCACGACGAUGGCGGACACGGCGGCGGCGGUUACAGUGGCGGCGGCGGCGGCGGUGGUGACUUUGGCGGUGGUUACUCGAGCGGUGGCGGUGGCAGCGGACAUGGCUGGGCAAGAAGUUUGCCCCAAGACGCCCAGAAUCUUGCUUACAGUGCUCAUCUACCGCAAACCCAGGCCUAAGCAUCAUUUAUCAGCGCAGCUUGUAUAAAAACCCACGAAAUGAGUGGCCCUUGUCUCCUGGUCCGUCCUAAUUAUUCGUAAAUCUUAGACUGUCUUUUCGACGAACUCUUUCCCUUGUCCUCUGUACUUCAUUUUCCGUUUUUUUUCUUCAUUUCCCUUUUGCUCGUCGUCUCCACUGAUUCGAGCAAAUUUUCUUCUGCCUUCUCGAUUUCUACUCUCUCGCCUACAAGCAUUUCGAUCAUCUCUCUUCACUUUUCCAGCCCUCCAGUCCUCCGUUUCUCCGGUCUAUUUUGUCUCAUUACUCCGAACAAUUUAGGCCUCGUGAUUACUCGACGAUUCUAAGACUCGCAGUCGGAAUCGUUUCUCGCCAGUACCGCCUGAAUACUCAACCCCAAAUGCCCGUGGACGAAACUCGUUAUUUAUUCUAAAUAUCUCCAUCCUCGUGAUCUUUAAUUCGUAAUAAUUUAUUAUUUAAUGAUUCAUCGAUAAAAUCGACAUUGUCUUAAGCGGGAAGAAACAUAAUUCAUCUUUUAUUAAUGUUAUUUAUCGUUUUGUAAUAAUUGUAUGUUCGACGAUUGUUUCUAUUAUUUUCGUAUUUGUUUGUAAUAAAAAGAUAAACAGAAAAA